AUGUUUGAACAUGACUAUGUCAAACAUCGCCCGACCCUCGCAUAUAUCCGGCUAACCCAACUAAACCUGCCUGGACGCCACUCGGUGACGGACGCUGGCCUGACCUUCCUCUCCAGACUGUCCCUGCUGUCCGAGUUGGACCUGACCGACUACACACAUGUCACUGACCACGGGGUCACCCAGCUGGCCACCAUGACCAGACUGAAGAGGCUGUCUCUCAGUAACACCCAGGUGACAGACAUGGGGUUACCUUCCCUGUGCAGUCUGCAGGAGCUGCUGGAGCUGUGUCUGGACCGCACGGCCGUCACCAGCCGAGGAGUGGCUUCCCUCGUCACCUGUCUGCCACACCUGCAGGUAUUAAGCUUGGCCAGUACUCAGGUGGGUGACACGGUGGUGAGGAGAGGUCUGGUCCACUGUGCUCAGCUGUUCAAGCUCAACCUCAGCCGCACACGCAUCACUGACCACGGACUGAAGUUCCUGAAGCGCAUGCGUCUGAGCCAGGUAAAUCUGGAAGGCUCAGGUGUGACACCCUCGGGCAUCUCCAACCUCAUCGCCUCCUGUCCCCACAUCACCAGCAUUCGGGCCAGCCACACGCGGGCCAUCCCACCUGACCAGGUCUCAGACGACGACAAUCAGUAGAGAGACUAAGUAUUGAGGUGACCCUCCAGCCCUUUCUGCUGAGGCUCGGGUCUGCUAGCUAGUAGCUACGACUGUGCCCGGUGGUCUUAGCCCCAAGUGUCACGCUGCACCUAGCUGACUGGCUCAGCAUAGUCUGGGUGACGAUUAUCCCAGCUCUGUCUAAAUGCACUGCUUCAACUGCAGCUAGUGGCACUAAUCGCUCAAUCACAAGUCCACUUGUUAUUGCUUUUGAAACCUUAGAAGGGUGCCUUCUUGUGCUUCUAAAACGAGAGCCUCUAACGCAGCGUUUCCCAAAUUCGAUCCUGUUGUUUUCUCUAGCACUACACAGGCAACUAAGAUUGGGACUAGAUCAGGGAUAACACCUAAAAUCCAAGAUUUUUCUGCCUGAAUUCUCUAAUGAAUCAGUUAACACUACAAAGGUACAAUCCGCGUGAUCUGCUACUAAAGAGGGCUAUGAUGAUGAUCCAGUUCCAACAGUUACCUCCCGUUCAGUAAUGUCGAUAAAUUACAUUUUUGGAGGUUUAAGCCAAGGCAGCAUUUGGCUACCCAGCAACUGGAAAGCUUAGCAUUAUGCUAGUGGUUGUAGAAAGAGGUUGGCUUCUCACAUCUAGCAGUGGGCUAUGAUGUGUGUUGCAUAUUGAGUGUUUGGGUUCAACAGCAAGAAUCCAAAGCGGCGAUCAGUUCAUAAAUAGUUCUGCUUCUCAUUUUGUUUACACAAUGUAAAAUACUGUUUAUUUUCUUAAUGUAAAUGGUUUUGGAUAAUAGCACUGUAUUCUCUACAUUCUCAAAGGAAAAUACUAAAUGAAUAAAAACUGCGUUUUUGAA